AUGGCUGUGCGGUCUUACUGGGUAGAUCGUGUACCACAGGAGGAUGUAGUCAGAGACCUGAUGAGCGGUUCGACCAGCCAUUGUAUGCGGGCCCGGAGUGUGAAGAGCAAUGGCGGCUCCACGCGGCGCUCGCGUGGUGCGGAGGUCGUGGCACAGGUGCAGACGUGGGACGUCCUCGAGGAGGCCCAAGGCCUGCUCAACGCUCUGAAGAAAGGAGAUGUUCAAGGCGACGCGAACUCAGCCGAGACCAUGCAGGUGCUGAAGCGGCUCGGUGACGAGGCAGCCAAGCAGCUGGAUGCCAUCUCCACAACACACGUGAAGGAAUCCAACGCGAAGGAGAAGCCGGAGCAGAGGGAUGCUGGCUGCCAGACUAUCUUCCGUUUGGGCGGCAUGGCAUGGCAUGCCAAUCCAGCCGUGCAAAAGCUGUUGGAGGAGCUGAUGAAGGCCGGGAAAGAAGCGAAGUCGAGUCGUUCUGACAAGGGCGAUCCCAUCAACUCUUCCCCGAUUGUGUCUGGAGUGUUGGAGUUUUGCGGCAUGAUGCGCUUUUUUGUGCUUUGGCUCGAGCGCGGGGCCCUUCCCCCGCAGCUGCGUCUCUCAAGCAUGCCUGUACAAACCCCGCAGCAACCGGUGGUGGUGGCGAGGCAAGUCUUCCGAUUCUUGCAUCGUGCGGGUGGCCUUGCCGACGCGCACUACGUCACAGGCAAGUACCUGGAUUCGGCUGGCACGCUUUGCAUAUUCUUGCCUAGCUACCUCGAGCACCAUGAACGAGCCUGCGCAGCCAAGGAAGACGGUGAUAAGCUCAAGCUCAAGGGAGGUGCCUUUGCCGUGGCUGCAGCCGCCGCCGCAGCUGGUCGAGUUAGCAGAAAGGCUGGCCGCAGGAGCUCGCCGGCGCACUUGCUCACGAAAGCAGGCUUCGCCACCCAGAAGGCGCCCGAGAGGCGCCUGAGGCAGCGCAUUGAGGGCCUCCUGAUGUCUGCCGGCGACGGGGUGCUUCCCUUCAAGGCGGUGCUCCGGGCUUUGGCCCUGAGGCCCUCGCACGCAUUGACCCGAUGGCUUCCCAACGCAGAUUUCCGCAUGGCGCCCAACGGGGACCUGUGGCUUGACAGCUACCGCCUCUUCCACUUCAGGCUCUAUCGUGCGCUGCGCGCGGCAGCCUUCAUCACGGAGCGAGAUGGCGAGGCGCCACUUCAGGAGCUGAUGGAGUACCUCUACCGCCCCUCCGAGCUUCAAGACAUCGAGGAGGUGGAGUUGACUGACGAUGGCCGCCAGAAGUCCUAUGAGGCCGGGCUGGCGCCCAGCGCCCAGGUGGAGGAGUGGCGCCUGGAGGCCCGGCAGAGGUACUGGCGCAAGGCACCGGACGAGCCAAGAGCGCUGCUGCCUCCGCCGAAGGAAACCCUGGAGUUUUCCGAAAGCAAGGAGGAGCUCUUUGGAUCCGACGACGAGGCCCUGGAGAGAGUGGAGCUCUCGGAGGAGGCACUGGAGUUUGAGAUCAUCUUGGCAGAGAGGCAGGUCGACCCACCGCUGUGGCUCGAAGCGUGGCUGCGGGAGUACUUCGUGGUUGAGGACGAUCUGGUCUCCCUGCCUUUCCUGAAGCCCUGGAAGCCCCGCGCGUCCCGAAAUCCGGAUGCGCCGCCUCCAAUGAGCCACACCGAGCAGGAGGCGCUGCUGAUGAAUAUUCAGGAAGAGAUGCGGCUCAGAUACGGCCGGGUGCACAUUGCAACGCUUGGCCCCCUCUUCAUGGGUGCCAAGAAGGCAUGGAUCAAGCGGUUCUUCGACAUAACCUCUUAUGGCGACGUCCUCGAGAAGAGCAUUGCCCGACAAACGCGGGAGGCCAUCGCCGUGGCUGCACGCAUCCACUACGAUGGUUAUACGUCCAUGGAGGCAUUCUCUGACUUUGGCAUUGGGCGGGAGUGGCUCCGGAGAUACUUCCUCAUGGACCCGGAGACAAACAAGCUCAGCAUGGAUCCAGCACGCUAUGCGUCCUGGGAGCCACCGCAGAAGGAUCCAGAGGCGCCAGACCCUCGCAGCUAUGCAAAGCUGAAUGCGCCGCGCGGCUACGUCCGAAAGGGCAACGGGAGGUAUGCCAAGAGGAAGUACGGACAUUAUGCAGGCAAUGUGCAAACCUGCACUGUAGCCUCUGCCAAGAGCAUCUCUGUGCAAGUAUGCUGGCACAAGGUGUCCACGCAAGGGCCGGCAGCGGACCCCGACCAGGUGGACAAGUUGGGUGAUGAGGUCACCGCAGUCAUGGAAAAGUGGCGCAAGACGUUCAUCGAGCGGAAUCGCCAGCGGGCGACCAGUGCUCGCCGGCAACGGCCGCCAGAGGUCCACGCGCUGCCACCAGCGGCGCCAGCCCAGGCGCCCGCCUCUCCAUCAGCUCCGCAGGCACCGCCCGUAAUGUUGGAGGCGGACUUGGUUGCCCGGGCAGCAGCAAAGAAGCUGGAAGCGCGUGAAGCACCCGCCCCCUGGAGCGGCCUCAAGCGCGAUGAGGUGACGAUGACAGUGGAGGCAUCGAGCUUCCAGAGCUCCACGUUCGACAACCACAUUCCGGGCGCGAUGCCAGAGGCGGAGGGGACCUCGAGGCCGGGCGGCGCCGGUGAGCGCUCGACCUCGCCCGGGGUGCGGGUGCCGGCGACCGGAAGGAUCCCACAGAGUUCGGAGUGCCGGCGUCCGCGCGCCGGAAGCGAGGAUCCUCAGGGACAGUCCAGCGAGCCAGUGACCAGCCGAUCUAGGAGGCGACGUGAGUCCGAGAGCUCGAACUUGCAGCGCGAGGUGCCGGCAAGUCAAGGAUUGCCGCCCCCGGAGCAGUUGCAGGGAGACUCCGAGCCAACCCCGGCGCCUGCAGACAAGGAUGUCUUGGCCCAGCUCGGGCAGAUUCGGCAGGCUCAAGCUGCUCCCUCCAGUCGGGUGGCCAGCAAGGAAGAGCCGCGAGAGGAGCCGGGGCGGACCUCUUCUGCUCUUGGGCGCCGAGGAGGAGCAGUCGCGUCUUUUGGCAGCUUAGACCUGGCUUCCUUGAACAUGGCCACUGACGGUCGAGGGGUUGUGAUGCUAGGAUAUUCGAAGCACUUCCUGCACUUGCAGAUAUCGGGGCGGGGUAGCUACAGGGACGUGGCAAGGUUUGGCGACCAGGUUGAGGCUGUUUUGCUCAAGCCCAGCCACGCUUCCAAGGUCUCGUAUUCGGUCUAUGCGCAAGCGCUGUGGCAACUUCUCUCGUGCGGGACAGAUGAAGAUGAAGGAGUCUUUACCAUCCUCAAUGUGAAGAACUCGUUUCUCCACGCGGACGUGGGCCGGGUCAUCAAGAAAUCCGCUUCGUACCCCAGCUUCGACACAGAUCGGCAGCGUACAGCGAUUCGAGACCAGGCUGCUCGGCUAUUGCAGUCGAUUCAUGCUGCGGAGCCGCAGGAGGGUCGUGAAGCUCGAGACGUACUGACCGGUGAUCCUGUUGGUAAAGGAACUUCUGCCAGCUCGUCUCCAAGCAGUGGCUCCCAACGCUUUGAAGACUUCGAAGCCACGAGAUGUGCCGUGCAAGAAUCUUCGCUCACGCUACGCGAAGGCGGCCAUCAGUGUAACGACCUAAGCCAGACCUCCCUCGUGCUGCGCAACAUCCCAGGUGACUACACCAAAAAGGCGUUGCUUCAGCUCUUCAAGAAGCUGCAAGUCCUUGAGCUUGUGAACUUCCUGUACCUUCCGAUCCGUGCGCGUGGUGGCUCCUCAUUGGGCUACGCCUUCGUGAAUCUGCAGCUUUGCCCUGUGGGUGGCCAUUUGUUUUACGAGUGCCUAGCAGGACAAUCUCGAAAGUUUGCCCAAGUCCACCAAGAGAAGCAUGGCUCUGGUCUGCUACUUCUGGUAUAA